GCUUCCGCUCUCAGAAGUUGGAGGAAAGUUUGCCUCCGGUCUUCAGACUGAAGGGUUCGGGCGGUGGAAUGAGCGGAACCGCGGUACCGGCGGACAUUUCUGGACACAUGUUGGACCUGGACGAGGACGAAGACCUGGAGGUCUUCACUAAGAACCGGCUGGUGGCUGAAGCCGGGCCAGGACCCAGAUCUCCGGACUCCAUGGUGAACCAGUUCCGACUGGAUGAAGAGGAGCAGCCAGACGCCAUGGACAGAGACAUCUUCAUCACUGUGGACAACCCAGAGAGCCAGAUCACCACCAUCGAGACCUUCAUCACGUACCGAGUGGUCACCAAGACCACGCGCAGCGAGUUCGACUCCAGCGAGUAUGAGGUACGCCGGCGGUACCAGGACUUUGUGUGGCUCAGGAGCAGAUUGGAGGAGAGCCACCCGACCCUCAUCGUUCACCCUCUGCCAGAGAAGUUUGUGGUGAAGGGGAUGGUGGAGCGCUUCAGUGAUGACUUCAUCCAGACCAGGAGGAGAGCCCUGCAGCGCUUCCUGGACCGGGUCUCCCUGCACCCGCUGCUGUCCAGCAGCCAGCACCUCAGGGUGUUCCUCACCGAGCAGGAGCUGGCCCCUCACAGGAAACAGGGUCCUGGCUUCCUGAGCAGGAUGGGGGAGUCCAUGAGGGCCAUGGCUAACUCUGUGCGAGGCCUGAGGACCAAGCUGGACGAGUUCAGCGCCAUGCAGGAUUACGUGGACAUGUUCAGCCAGAAGAUCUGCUCCGUGGACAAAGUAACCCAGAGGAUCAUCAAGGAGCAGAGAGGUUGGCCGUCUGUCUGCUUCUAAAAACAGGUUUCAGGGGGAGACAGUGGCUCUCUAAAGUGUUCACCCCCCUGGGAGGAGCA